UCUUAAGAGCAUCCUCAACAGGCAGCAGUAGUAUAUUAACUGCUUCCUCUACUCCUCUUCCCUCCAUCUUUUCUUAUCACACAAGCCUAUGCUCUAGAAUUUCUGAUUCCCUUCUCCAUCAGAAUCCCUAAUAAGCUGUCGUUUUGCUUCUCGAAAGCAGAGAAAGAAUCGGACUCUUUCUCUUCAAUGGUGUUUCGCACUGUACCGGAAACUGAGCCAAACACAAACAACAACACUAUCAUGGCUUCUUCUACUCCUUCUAGUACUGUGAAACCACACCAGCCACUCCAUAACUUCCCUUUGCAAGACCUAAAAUGGUCAAUGAACCAUUCCAAUAACGUUACCAACCACCACCACCGCUUUCGCACUCACAAAUCUCCUCACCGCGAUGCUGCUUAUGCGGCGGAUUCGGAGGGAGACGGCGGGGUCAAGAUUGAUAAACUAUUGAAGAAAAAAUCUGGUGAUGUUGAGAAUUCGGAGAGGAAAUCGAAGAUCUUUAUUCGCUUGAGGACUAACAAAAACAGCAGCGGAAGCGGAAGCAGCAGCGGAAGUAGCAAGUGCGUGGUUGGUGAUGUUGCUGCGGGUGCAGUGGAUCAGGGCUCUGCUGCUGUAGUGGAGGAUGUGGAGGACCUGAUGCCGAAGACGUGGAAUCUGAGGCCGAGGAGAGCUGUUAAUAAUCUUAAUAAUGAUAGUAACAAUAAUAAUAAUAACAAGGGUUUGAAUGGGAAUGGAGGUGCUUUGAAGAUUUGCGGGGGUGCGGUGCCGGAGAUCAAACCUCAAGUGCCGGGUGGUAACCGGACUGAAUUGACUCGGUCCAACCGGAGUGGUAAUGACGCUAAUAAUUAUGAUAAUGACAAUGACAAUAAUAAUAAUAACAAGAAGAAGGAGAGGGGUAAGGGGAAGGAAAAGGAAAAGGAGAAGAAGGUGAGGUUUUCGAUUCCUCUUACGAAAGUGGAAAUCGAAGAGGAUAUUUAUUCCUUGACUGGAUCAAAGCCGGCGAGAAGGCCUAAGAAGAGAGCAAAGCAUGUGCAGAAACAACUUGAUUGCUUGUUUCCUGGUAUGUGGCUGGAUUCGAUCACCCCGGAUUGCUAUAAGGUUCAUGAAGCUCCUUCGAAGGGUUAGAGAAUCGACUGAGAAGUUGGAGGUGAUGACUGUCAGACCUUUUUUAUAUGCUGAAAUCAAUGUAACAAACACAUGAUCCCGUGAAGAUGAAAGGGUAACAAAUGUAUCCUGUUUUUGUGCCUUUUUCUACUCACCGAGGAGUCUUUGGGAAUGUUGGAAGGGUUAGUGUUAUAGUUUAUGUUAUGGGUAGCUACAGAUGUACAUAAGAAAAGUCUCUCCAAUGAGUAGAAGAUAUGAAUAACUUUGAUGUUUAUGUUUUCAGUUAGUUUGAAAUCAAGAUGCUUUUCCCAACUCUCUGUUUCAUGCUGGUUUUUGAGAACUUGUUACUUGUUAUUCCAACAACAUGAAUUAUGUCUGGAACCCAAAACCUAAAUAGUUGGUAUAUGGCGUGUGAUUGACUUACACGUCUCAUUUCUGCAUCUCUUUCCAUUAUAAAUAUGCCGUUAUCAGAGAAAAACACAUUUAUUUUAACGGCUUUUAAUUGAUUAAAGGAAAGUCUGAUUCUUUGAGGAACUGAGCAAUUUUCUCAUGCUUGCCUUUCCUUUUCUGAAGAGUGAGCCAUGCACGUCGUUGUCGUUAUUUGUGGACUGCACGGGCCAUGCAUGUGUGUCAUGAUUAGAAGUCGGCAUGAUCGAUUCAUAAUGUUGCGAUUAAUAAGAAACAUGUGUUCUAAGAAGAGAAAUCAUAUGAUUUGCUAGAUUUAUGAGAUGAGUUGUUUCAUACAUGGAUUAAGUUACUGUAUUUUUUACCAGAUUGUAAGAUCAUACAGAAAUUAUCAUGUCAUCAUGGAGUUGCAUUUAUCAAGCUAACAAGUUGGUAGCUAUCAUAAAUAACUCCAAUGAUCAAGAGCUUAGUUACCUAGAAUGCGGAAUGUUUCAAUUCAUGUACGUAUGCUGGGUAGUGUACGUCACUUAGUUUAGCAUGAAGUUUAGCAUUUUUGACCAGACUUGGUUCACAUUUCAUAUUAUGUUAGUAUGCUUUAAAGCGCGUAUUAGUUGUUUAUUUAAAGGUUUUUGAGCGACGCCACUUAGAAAACAAAUUCCCAGACUAGCUUGCAUUUUUUUUCUUUGAAUGUUACAUACUUAUUAAACUUUAAUGAAUGAAUUAAUCAGUAUUUUAUUAACUUAAUUUAUUCCAUGAAGAGAAAUAUACCUAGAGAGAAAUAUACCUGGUUGAAUCUUUAAAUAAAAUCUUUCCUUAUUCUUUCCCUUUGUUCCUUGGGCCAUGUCUCACCAUGCAUAUCAGUAUAUGUAUAGUAACUUGGCUACUUUGGAUUGCAUGCUGUUGCAUAACUGGGAUGGAAUAUCUGGGAUUAGAACCCUGAUUAUGAUUCUAGGAUGUUGCAGGAAUAUCUGGAAGCAAUAAGUACCAAUGGAAACUUGAUUUGUUUGCCUGGUGAAGUUAUAAUCAAUUUAUGUACCUGGUAUUUUGAUUUGUUUCAGUUUGAAAUACGUCAAACUUACAGGACCUUGAUUGAUGUGAUGAAAGAAAUGUUAUUGGUUGAUUAGCUAAGCAACUUUUUUUUAACCGUUUUUCUUUGCGAAAGUUAUAUGAGCUAUGGCUGCCAUGGUUGUUUUUAGUAAGAUUGCAAGAUUGAAGAAUGUGGCCAUUUCAAUGUUUUAUAUGGAAGAAAUUUGAUACUGCAAUCCAAUCUUUGAAAUUUAAUCUGGUUGAACUGAAGUCCUAGAAGUGGCCUAGGAUCUGAACAGCAUUCAUAAAAAGUACUCAAGCCCCUAUCUUAUCAUUUUCAGAAUUUUAUCACUUGAUACUUGCACAUUAGUGUCAGUAUGCUUUGCCAAUUAGCUUUGGACAAGAUUAUUAAUGAUGAGAAAACUUACUGCAUCUAAGUACUAUGUUAUUGGAGAAUGAGGAUAGGAAGAUGCGAGUCUUGGACACUUCUUUCAACUCUUUGGGCUGGGUGCUCUUAUGUUUACAUCACAUGCAUAAAAUAAUAAAUUUGAUGAAUGCCCUGAAUUAUAUGCUAUAUUGAUUUGUAUGAUUGUUUCAGCCGCAGUUAUCCUAAAUAUCAAUCUUGUGUUUGAUAAUCAAUGUCCUCAAGGUUAUGUCCUAUUUUCUCAACAUAUAAAUGAGUGGUUCAAUGGAUUGGGAUGUUUGUAGAAAAUUGUUUUAGUUUUUCUCCUAGUUUUCUUGAUUCAAACCUUCGAAUUAAUGACUGCUGUAAAACAAUAAAUUUGAUUCCAUUUGUACUUGAAACUGUUUGAGCGAAUACACUCCAUAUUGCAUGCACUUUAUUUCCAUAAUUAGUGUUUGGCUGCUGUGAGGGCCGAUCCAUUCAUAUAAAUCCAAUUGAGACCCUGGAUAAGCUCCUCAGUCAUAUGCAGAACUGAAAAGGAAGAGAUCCUACUCCUGCGGCCAUAAUAUUUUGGAACCAUUGUUUGAGAUAAGCAAUUUAUGUGUUUGUUAUCUCUUGAUACGUACUGUUUUGCUCACAGUUGGAUCUAACUGAAUGCUGAUUGGAUUGCUUCUGAGAUCAACGUGAGGAGUUUGUGUGGAGGAAGAGUGGUAAUUAUCACUGUCUUAUUGAUUAUAAACUCUAGUUUAUUCCUCCAACAAGUUUUCUUUUCCUGCAUUUCGAAGGCUUGAUUUUUAAAAAUUCAUUGUACUGCGAGCCUAUAAACUGUUAUACAAGUCUGGCUCUGCUUUUUGUUAUUGGAUCGUGCAUGUGGUGUUGUCUUUUCAGGCACAAGCUCGCUACAUGUAAAAUGUUUCAGUUGUCGGAGGUCCUGUUAGAAUUGUUCAGAAUUCUUUACAUGUUAUCUACAGAAGAUGUAAUGCAGCAGACUGGCUGUGGAAAGAGAGGCGAACAGAGUCUUAGGUCCAGUUCAUAACAGUGAAUGCAUUGAAUAGUUGCUUUUAGUAUUCUAAAGCCUGUUGAUGUCUCUCAGGGGUGCAGCCCAGGUUCUUGCCAUACAAGUGAUGGGGCCUGAGCUGCUGCUUUGUGCCUUCCGCAGCAGACUACCAAGACGGGGACAGUGCUACCCAGACUUGUGCCCUUGUUGAUGGGUUGUUUACCGUUGUAUUUAUUGGAAAGCUGGAUGCUGUAAUCAGUGGCUGGAAGAUUAAAACAUGGAGAUGGACAUCCAUCUGAAGCGCCUGCCGUAUUGAUCAUAUUGUGUGCCUUCUAAGCUCAAGGGUCUGUCUUUGUUUGAAAGUAUUUGUAUAUGAACGCAAUUCCUUUCAACUCCAGAUGUCAUUUUUGACGUUUUCACUUUCUUUUUAAA